CACACUUGACGUGUGUGCAAUAUACACAACAUAAACAAUGCCAAAGAAUCUCAACUUGCCAUUUUACUCACCGACUCCUAAAAAGAGUACAUGCUCUAAACGUGAGUCGUUUCUUUCAACACACUUCUUCUCUCUCUACUCUCUCUCUCUCUUAAUUCCCACAUCUACACGUUGAAUGCCCUAAUUCCCAAUUCCACAGUCUUCAAACCCUCGAUUCCACUUGAAGGCCAAGAUCUGCUAAUCGCCCCAAUUCAGAUCUGCUAGGGUUAACAGUAAAGAUAUGGAAUUUCUUCACAAGUUGAAGAUCUGUACCUUGUUUGUUUUCGUAGCUUUUUUACAAUUAGGGCAGGGAUUUUAUCUCCCUGGUAGUUACCCUCACAAACAUGGAAUCGGCGAUUACUUGAACGUAAAGGUGAAUUCUUUGACCUCAAUCGACACCGAAAUACCCUUCAGCUACUACGACUUGCCCUACUGCCGCCCAAAGGAAGGGAUCAAGGACAGUGCGGAAAAUCUCGGCGAACUCCUCAUGGGCGAUCGAAUUGAAAAUUCUCCGUACAGGUUCAAAAUGUACACGAACGAGACUCAGAUUUUCCUCUGCCAAACAAAGCCUCUAUCCACCGAGGAAUUCAAGCUCUUAAAAAAGAGGAUCGAUGAAAUGUACCAGGUGAAUGUCAAUCUAGACAACCUGCCCGCGAUUCGCUACACGAAGAAAGAAGGGUUUAUGCUGAGGUGGACCGGUUACCCGGUCGGUGCGAAAGUGCAAGAAGGCUACUACGUCUUCAAUCACUUGAAAUUCACCGUUCUCGUUCAUAAAUACGAGGAGACGAAUAUGGCUACUGUGAUGGGCACAGGCGAUGCUGCUGAGAUCAUCCCCACUGCCAGCAAAAAAACGGGUUCCGACCCGCCCGGUUACAUGGUUGUUGGAUUCGAGGUUGUCCCUUGCAGCUUCCAGCACAAUGCCGGCUCCGUAAAGAACCUGCACAUGUACGACAAGUACCCUUCCCCAAUCAGCUGCGAUCCGGGCACAGUAGCAAUGCCUAUCAAAGAAAACGAGCCGUUGACUUUCUCGUACGAGGUCUCAUUUGUGGAGAGCGAUAUCAAGUGGCCUUCGAGAUGGGAUGCUUAUUUGAAGAUGGAGGGUGCAAAGGUGCAUUGGUUCUCGAUCUUGAACUCGUUAAUGGUGAUCACUUUCUUGGCUGGAAUCGUGCUCGUGAUUUUCUUGAGAACCGUGAGAAGGGAUCUUACUAGGUACGAGGAGCUCGACAAGGAAGCUCAAGCCCAAAUGAACGAGGAGUUGUCUGGGUGGAAGCUUGUAGUUAGUGACGUUUUUCGAGCUCCUGCUUAUCCGUCACUGUUGUGCGUUAUGGUAGGUGACGGAGUUCAAAUACUCGGAAUGGCAGUUGUCACGAUCCUAUUCGCCGCCCUCGGAUUCAUGUCACCUGCCUCACGUGGGACCCUCAUAAUCGGGAUGCUCUUCUUCUACAUGGUACUCGGAAUCGCAGCUGGUUACGUGGCGGUUCGUCUGUGGAGGACUAUAUUUUGUGGGGACCACAAGGGGUGGGUCGGGGUUUCGUGGAAGGUUUCUUGUUUCUUCCCUGGAAUUGCGUUUCUUAUACUCACGACUUUGAAUCUACUGCUAUGGCAUAGUAAUAGCACGGGGGCUAUUCCGUUUUCGUUGUUCGUGAUUCUUAUUUUGAUGUGGUUUUGCAUCUCGGUUCCUCUUACACUCGUCGGUGGCUAUUUUGGUGCGAAGGCAUCCCAUAUAGAAUAUCCCGUUCGGACCAAUCAGAUUCCUCGGGAGAUUCCGCCUCAGAAAUACCCGUCUUGGCUUCUGGUUCUUGGAGCGGGUACCCUUCCGUUUGGAACACUUUUUAUCGAGCUUUUCUUUAUCAUGUCGAGUAUUUGGAUGGGGAGAGUGUACUAUGUUUUCGGGUUCCUCUUGGUUGUUCUUUUGCUAUUGGUUGUUGUUUGUGCUGAGGUGUCACUUGUGCUGACUUACAUGCAUCUAUGUGUCGAGGACUGGAAAUGGUGGUGGAAGUCUUUCUUUGCCUCUGGUUCGGUUGCGUUAUAUAUAUUUCUCUACUCGGUGAAUUAUCUGAUAUUCGAUUUGAAGAGCUUGAGCGGGCCCGUUUCUGCGACUCUGUACCUUGGGUAUUCGCUAUUCAUGGUUGUUGCGAUUAUGCUUGCAACGGGCACUGUUGGAUUCCUUUCUUCGUUUUGGUUUACGCACUAUCUGUUUUCUUCAGUGAAGCUGGAUUGAGAAAAGUUGAUUUCGGAGAAAAACAAUGGAGAUGAGUAGGAAGCAACUUACGGAAAUAUGUUGUUAGUUUUCGUGUUUUUCUAUGUCGUUUUUUUUUUGUUAGAGAAUUUGGAUCCAUAAUAAAAAUGGUUAUAAAGUUUUUGUAGCUUCUUUGUUUA